AACACGGGUCACAGGCAUGUAGUGUAAGCGCAUCAAGUGUCAUACGCAGCCGAGUAUCUACAGCUACUAAAACCUCUUCCCGCUCUCUCAGAGCUGCUGCUGCUUUCCGGACAGAAAUGGCUGUUGCUCUCAAAACCUCCAUUUUUCUGCCAUCGAGAAAGUCUCACUUCCGUUUUUUCAAUCCCCACACCCCAAAAUCCAUCGUCUCUGCGAAAACUCUCACUCCAAUGGCUUCUCUCACUCUCUCUCAGGCCACGGGUAUUUCAGAAACCUUCUCCAGAUUGAAGAAACAAGGCAGAGUGGCACUUAUACCUUAUAUUACUGCCGGUGAUCCUGAUCUAUCAACAACAGCAGAAGCGUUGAAAGUACUUGAUACCUGUGGUUCAGACAUCAUUGAAUUGGGUGUACCCUAUUCCGAUCCAUUGGCAGAUGGCCCAGUUAUCCAGGCUGCUGCUACCCGCGCUCUAGCAAAAGGGAUCAGUUUUGAUGCUAUAGUUUCCAUGUUGGAGGAGGUGGUUCCUCAAGUAUCCUGUCCAAUCAGUUUAUUCACGUAUUACAACCCAAUUCUUAAGCGCGGAAUUCAUGAGUUCAUGUCUACCAUAAAAGAUGCUGGUGUACAUGGACUUGUGGUGCCAGAUGUCCCUUUGGAGGAGACCAAGAUUUUGAGAGAAGAGGCUGUUAAAAAUAAAAUUGAGUUAGUGCUCCUCACAACACCCACUACUCCAACAGAUCGAAUGAAAGACAUUGCUAAAGCUUCAGAAGGAUUUGUAUACCUCGUGAGUUCAAUUGGAGUUACUGGUGCCCGUGCGUCUGUAAGCACUAAAGUUCAAUCUCUUCUGCAUGAAAUUAAAGAGGCGACGACUAAACCUGUGGCAGUGGGCUUCGGCAUAUCAGAACCUGAGCAUGUGAAACUGGUAUCGGGAUGGGGCGCUGAUGGUGUGAUCGUGGGCAGUGCCAUGGUGAGGCUAUUAGGCGAAGCAAAAUCUUCCGAGGAAGGCUUGAGGGAUCUUGAAGCCUUCACCAAGUCCUUGAAGGCUGCUCUCUCUUGAGAACAAUUUUCUGGGUACAUAACAUGCAUUUUUUUUUCUUUCUUGGAGAAUGCUGCUAGAUGUUCAAUUCAUUGAAUUGCAAUAGUCUCUUCAAUAAAGACCUAGGGCCCAUUUGGAUGCAUUUGCUUGCAAUCCUUUUUUUUUUUUUCCUUCAUUGGUUCCUUCAGGGACAGCAAUCUCAAUCUGCAAUUCCAGAUUCCUAUAAACUAGGAUUGAAGACUCUCCUCAAGAAAAGGUGUGAUUGCACAAUCCUGGAUUUAGCAUUCUACUUUGAGUGAUGUGAUCUAAGAUUGGUACCUGAGGCAGACAAGGGCAUUAUGGCCCCACAUGCAAAUCCGGCAUGUGUGUUAGAUCCAAGUCCAUUCAUCAGGUAGGGUGCUCUCUUAACCUGCCCUAGCUGAAAAACUGGACUUGUUCACUCAUAAA